GUGCUCUGGGUGAGAUGGCAAACAUUUUUUUGGGAUUCGGAGUAGCUAAUAAGGACAGUAAUAAUUAUUUCAAAGAAGAAAGCACACGGCCCCAAAAGUAGUCUACACAAACUUUUUCAAUACCAAAUGGGUCGAUCGGCCUUGAGUUUCCUUCUUUCUGGUAUUCCCCUAAAAAAAGGAAAGGGGCACGGGAAUUUCCCUUUGAUAGAACUGCUCUAACUGCAAAAGGCCAGGUGCGCUCAUGCAUAAAGAAUGUUCGUAUAUUACCCGCUCGAUUGAAAUUGCUUACCGGUACUGUAUCAUUUCGUCUCACCAUUUGCGCCGUGGCAACACAAUGCUAGAGUUUGAAACUGAAGCUAAAGGUUAAAUUAUUUUUAUUUCUAAGAAUUCAAAAAUUUAGGGCUCAAUUGUAGACCUGUUUAGGAAAGCGUGCAUGACGGAUUCACACUUGGAAGUUUUCAACUUUUGCCUGCAGAUGGCAAUAGUAUAGAAAACGCUUGUUGUAUAAUAGCGUUGCUUUUCACAGAAACUGUCUACCAGUCUUGGAUUUGGCGGACCCUGUAACACACUGAGUUUCCAGCGCUGCUAUCACCGGAUUAUUACCAUUUUCUAAUGGUAAAAUACUGGAUCCAAAUCCGCUAGAACAUCUCCUCGGGGCAACUGUGUACUACGAAUCUUCAGAGAUUUCAACUAUUGCAGGACUCAAACCCAAUGCCAUCACACUUCUUGUUCCUUUUAAAGCGACUGUUUCUAUAAGCUGUCGUAGCAGAAUGCCUAAAUAGGUGCACCCAUAAAACGCCUUUCACCACGACCAUUGGUAAUUACCUAGUGAACGAGACGAGAAUUUCUAGAAAUAGGGCCUUGUUUGAAAUUAAAUUUCUAGGAAGCAUCAGAGGCACGAGGCUCGGCAUUUCGCAAGCUGUCAUAAAGACUGAUGUGGCGUCAGUUUCUGUUAACCGCGACUGAAGGUGGAAUGGAGAAGGAAGGAAUUCUAGAUUUGUUGAUGUCGAAAAAAGGCGAAGAAUUGGGUCUGACACCCACUAGCAGCGUAGAAGUGACUCCUCCGGUUCCUAAUUGCUGCUCUGGUGUUCAGCACCAAUCGCUGAGAAUCCUAAUGGAAGAUAACAUCCGCAUGCGACAAGCCAUGAAUACUAUGCUGUUGACAUUGACGCGAUGGAUUCGUCAAAACAAAAAACAAACUCAACAAGCCAGAUUAUUAAUGCAAAUGCUGAAGGAGUCAAAUGAGGAGAGCGAGAAAGAACGAAGCAUUUUACGGCAAAAUUUGGAGGACAUGGCUAUGCAAAUGAAAGCAGUCGAAGCAGACUUAGCCGUAGAGCGACAGAACCGAUUGCUGGCCAACCGGGAGAAGGAAGUAGCAAAACAAAUGAUUUUCAAGCUGCAAGAAGAAAAUUGGGGACUAAGAAAAGCCCGUUCACGAACACUUGUUUCUCGCGACGGGAGCUCCCACUCCCCCAAUGGAUUUCCUAGUCCGCUAUCAUCCUCUAGGUUUGACUGCCCCCGUUGAAUGUUUUGGAUGAUUACGGCAUCACCUGUACAAAUUUUCAUUAAUAUUUUGAUAAUAUGAACCAUUGUAUCCUAUUAUGAAGCUUUUCGGUAAUUUGACGGUUUGUUUCGUUGAAAUUUUUGAAAAGCCAUAAUUGUUGGUGCAUGCAUGGAACCUAAAAGAACCAGCCUUUCAAAAAAACA